UCGGGUGCAUUGGUCAAUUUUCCUGUCAGUCCCCCCCGGAGCCCCCGGGCCGGGGGCUGUGGCUUCCUCUUUGAAAAUGUUGCAAGUUUGAGGCCGGGGGGCGGGGAGGCAAGGGCCGGAAAGUCGGGAGACUCCCGCAGGAAAGGGGGGGCAGGGCCAAGACGCCUCCAUCGCGCCGAGUUCGGAUUAUUCUUCUUAUUUUUUUUUUUUUGCAGCACAUGGGAAGCAAAACUUUCCCACGGCCCCCUUCCCCGCGGCUGCCUCCCGCCCCUCGCUCCAGCCGCCCCCAGCCGCCGCCGCCGGCCCCUUCCCCGGGACCCGGCUCGCGCGGGCGCCUCCCUGGGCACUUCGGCGGCGUCUCUGCCCCCCUCGCCUGCGGGCGCUGAGGCGUCGGACCCUCGGGGCUGGGGGCGGGGGGAAGCAGCCUCGCCCCGCCAGGGGCUGGGGAAGGGGAGAACUUCGGGGAUGCGCCGCGGCGCCCGGCGGCUGCUCUAGGGGAAGCAGGGAGGCGGCGCAGCGGCGGGGCCGCUCGGCUCCGGGCUCGCCAUGGGCACCGGCAUGUGCUCGAGGAGGCAAAAGGGGCUCCUGCAAACCGGCUUCUGCCUGGUGGCGGUGGCGUGUUUGGGCUCCGGGGUUUUCAUGUACGGCCACUUGCAGCAGAAGGCGAAGAGCGCCGAAGCCCUGGCGCUGAAAUACCGGCAGCAGCAGGAAGCCCUGUCCGCCCAGCUCCAAGUUGUGUAUGAGCACAGAUCCCGGCUUGAACGAUCCCUGCAGAAAGAGCGAGGGGAACACAAGAAGACUAAAGAAGAUUUUUUGGUGUAUAAAUUAGAAGCUCAAGAGGCACUCAACAAAGAGAAGCAAGAUUCUAUGAACAGAUAUGGGGCCCUCAGUUCACAGCAUAAGAUACUGAAGAACCAGCACGAAGAUGUCAAGAAACAGCUGCUUGACCUGCAGCUACAGCAGAACAGCUUGAAACUAGAGCAUCGCAAGACGGUGGAGACCCACAGCCAGAAAUACGCCCAGCUGCAGCGGGAGAAGGAGAGUGAAGUCACGGGCUUGCAGGAUACCAUCUUCAAACUCCGAGAGGAGAGCAAGCUUCUCCGGCAGGCCCACCAGGAUGUCCACUCUCAGCUGCUUGAUGCUCAGACCCAGAUGGAGGAGUUCAGGCAGCUCAAGGAAGCUCUGCAGAAGAUGCCAAGUUUCAAGGAAGUGGGACCUGUGAAGGGGCAACAGCAGCUCCAGGCAUUGAAGGAACAGCCCCCGGUGCUGGGCAGCAACCAUUUACAGUUCUCUAGGCAGAAGGUGUUUGCAGCCAACGGGGCCAAAAUGCCGCUGAGCCCCGUGGAUCAGGAGAAGCCCCCGGGUGGGAGCCUGAUGAGACCACAGAUCUCUGGGGUCAGGAGCCAGGGAGAGGGAACUUUGCCCCAAGGCCAGACCUCGCAUAAUAAUGAUGGCCCCAGGCCGCAGGGCAGUGUGCUGUUCGUCCAUCCCGCCCCACUGCAGGAAGCCAACCCACCACCAGCAGCCCUGCCUGCCUGGCCACAGGGGCACGGGGACAGCCCAGUGAUCCGAUUCACACGGACAGUGAACAGUGUGCAGAAUGGGAACUCGGAUCACAAGGUGGUGGUGAGCAUUCAGGGGAAAACCAGUGAGGAAAACCAUGCUCCCAGACGGGUGGUGCCCCAUCUGAAACACCCAUCUACGUUGGAGAAGGAGGCGGCUCCAGCCAACCAUCCCUUGGCAGGGAACAAACAGGCGCAGAUGCAAAGCUGGCAAGACAUUGUUAACAAAGUGAACGCCCGAAUGGAUGAGGAACAAGUGCACGGUUACCCAAAGCACCUUCACUUUGACACCAGACCUGAGCAGAAUGGCAAUCUAUUGCUGGCCAAUCAACAAAGAGGGGCAGAGCAUGCGAUAGCCAAUCGGGAAGGAGACAAGGAGGGGACGGAUGAUGAGGAACUUGAGAUGGAUGCUGGGAUGAUUGAAAGAGAAGAGAGUAUCCACACCCGAAAAGAGGCAUUGGUCCAGGAGCCAAUGAUGCCUGAUGAUGCCGCAGACCCUGCUCAGGACCCCAAUAACCAAGGGGAAGAUGAGUUUGAGGAGGCCGAGCUGGAGAGGCCGGACUUUGAGGAGAAGGUGGUGCAAUCAGACAAAUACAAGGAACCCAGCGUGCUAGGGAAAGAGGAGACAAAGAAGCCACUGAAGGAUGCUGCUGGGCCAGACAAAGCCAGGGAAGAGCCAAUGGAUGACUACCAAGAAGAUCAGGAGCAAGAAAUUGAGGAUCACGGAGGGGAGGUGGAUGAUAACAGUGACCUGGAGCUGGUGCAGGAGCAUAAGAACCAUGGGGGCAUCCCAGGAGCUGAGAUCAAGAAGGACGAUUACUACUGAGGGUGCCAGCGGCUCAGAGCGCCUGGGAGGAGAAUGGCGUGUUAUGGGAGCAGGAGGGAGGAGUUGCAGGAAUCUCCUCGAGCGACAUGGAUCCAGUAUGAACUUCCGAAGGCGGGGCUGGAGGAGUGUGUGGCCAGCCCACAAGCAGGCCACUUUCAAAUGCACAUCGUGUGUGUGUGUGCCCGGUGCAAUCCCAGCCGCGCUGCCCGCUGGCGGAGAAAGCAGAAGGGCUCUCUGACCCCCGGCAUGGCCACAUCUUGUUGCUUCUCUCGGGGGCGCUUAUUGAUUUUUUUCCCCCUCCUUUUAUUAUUCCUCACUCCCGUUUCAGAUGAAGGGGUUUUUUUUAAAUUUUUUACUGCUUGGGGCACGGGAGAGGCAGAUGUUUGCAGAACUAAGAGACACCAGUGGUUGCACUGGCCCAGGCUGCUGCCCUGGACUCAUUUGACUGAUCUCUAAUACAAAGGAAUCUCUUUCUAAA